CCAGGACGCGGAGGCGGCUCCUGGGGAGAGGGAUCCGGGAGUCCCUGAGGCGGCCCCGGCUCCGCACUAGGAGGCGGGGUCCGCAGUAUAGCCAGCGGCCGGCGCGGCUUCCCGGAGCCCCGGAGCCCGAGGCGCGAGGUUUAGGCUGAGCCCUCCCCGGCGCCUGCCCCCGCCCGGCGCCCGCCUCCGCCCCCGCCCGCGGCCUGGAGCGCGCCUCCCUCGCCUCCCAGGGUCUGGCGAGCCGGCGCCGGCCGAGCUGCGGGAGCCGCGGAGAGCACCAGCUGUCGCCGCGGGAGCUGCUCCGGCCGCACCAUGCGGGAGCUGGCCAUUGAGAUCGGGGUGCGAGCCCUGCUCUUCGGAGUCUUCGUUUUUACAGAGUUUUUGGAUCCGUUCCAGAGAGUCAUCCAGCCAGAAGAGAUCUGGCUCUAUAAAAAUCCUUUGGUGCAAUCAGAUAACAUACCUACCCGCCUCAUGUUUGCAAUUUCUUUCCUCACACCCCUGGCUGUUAUUUGUGUGGUGAAAAUUAUCCGGCGAACAGACAAGACUGAAAUUAAGGAAGCCUUCUUAGCGGUGUCCUUGGCUCUUGCGUUGAAUGGAGUCUGCACAAACACUAUUAAAUUAAUAGUGGGAAGACCUCGCCCCGAUUUCUUUUACCGCUGCUUUCCAGAUGGAGUGAUGAACUCGGAAAUGCAUUGCACAGGUGACCCCGAUCUGGUGUCCGAGGGCCGCAAAAGCUUCCCCAGCAUCCAUUCCUCCUUUGCCUUUUCGGGCCUUGGCUUCACGACGUUCUACUUGGCGGGCAAGCUGCACUGCUUCACCGAGAGUGGGCGGGGAAAGAGCUGGCGGCUCUGUGCUGCCAUCCUGCCCUUGUACUGCGCCAUGAUGAUUGCCCUGUCCCGCAUGUGCGACUACAAGCAUCACUGGCAAGAUUCCUUUGUGGGUGGAGUCAUCGGCCUCAUUUUUGCAUACAUUUGCUACAGACAGCACUAUCCUCCUCUGGCCAACACAGCUUGCCAUAAACCCUACGUUAGUCUGCGAGUCCCAGCCUCACUGAAGAAAGAGGAGAGGCCCACAGCUGACAGCGCACCCAGCUUGCCUCUGGAGGGGAUCACCGAAGGCCCCGUAUGACCAGUGUCCUGGGAGGAUGGACACUAAGCCCUGGGCACAUCUGCCACCCUGACAUCAUAACACAAUAGAAAUGGUUUUCUGUAGUGUAUUUUUCAUCAGUUGUUUCUCAAAGUCAUCGUACUUCUGCUUCUGUUUCACUGAUGGUGUUCCUGCUACUUUAAAUGUCUACUUCCAACAUCCUUGAAUUUGCAAGUGAAGGACACCAGGAACAAUCUCUGAGAGACGUGUGGAAGAGACUGUGAAGGUGGGGUUUGGGGAGCUUGGCCGAUUCGUCUAUCUGAAAUGUUUGCUGUAACAGCCACCUUCCUAUGUUUUCAUGGUUGUAAAACAUAAUAAAACCUCCCACGUGGAAGACUUGG